AUCUAUCGAUCAAGAAAAUAUUGGUAUGGAAAUAAUGAACCAAAAGACGUCAUACGUGUUGAAGUUGUUCAUAUUUGGGCAGGUGAAGACAAUAGUCGAGCCGCUAAUGAUGUUACACCAAGAAAAGUCAUUGAAGUUUUUCGUAAUGCUGGAAGUUAUCUAUCAGCUCCAACAAAAAUGUUGACAGAGAUGGUAACAGAUCAAGUAGCACCAUCGUAUUGGGUUCCAAAUAAAGAUGUUCAUGAAUGUUCGUCGUGUAAACUUGUUUUUGGAUCAGAGCAUUCGAAACAUCAUUGCCGAGCAUGUGGCUAUAUUUUCUGUGAUACGUGUACAACACAUCGUGCUACUGUUCCAUUGCUUGAUAUCAAAACACCUGAACGUGUUUGUGAUAAAUGUUAUGAUAAACUUCAACCAUCAACACUUUCAUCAGUAUUUCAAAAUAAUUAUGUACAUACUCAAAAAACAAAUUCGUCUGAAUAUGAAACUGGUGGUAGUGAUAGUUCAGCAGAUCCAAAUUUAUAUCAUAUUCCUAUGUCAAGACGUUUCGUAGAACUUGUUACAAAUAAUGUUGGACGUGUGAUGUAUGACUAUCCGAUUAAACAUAUCAAAGAAAGUACACGACCAAAUUAUUGGCGACCAGAUAGUGAAUGUCAUUCUUGUUUUAUCUGUAAGCAUCGAUUUAAUAAUACCACACAUCGUCUACAUCAUUGUCGAAAAUGUGGUGAAGGUAUUUGUGAUACCUGUUCACCAAAUAAACGUCCUGUACCCGAACGAGAAUGGUUUACACCUGAACGUGUGUGUAAGUCAUGUGAUGAAGCAAUGGAUAAAAUCGAACAGUGA